ACGUUUGAUACAUUUAAAAUAUUAUAAUAACGUAUAUAUAUAGUUUUCAAGAUGAAAAUUACUUUUAUUUGGCUGGCCGUUACUUUAGCAAUCGUCUCAAGUGAACCUGGAAUUCAUAAUAAGGAUGGUCAUCAACCCGCUCCAUACAUAAAUCGUCCUAAAUUGCCAUCGAACCCUCCACGAUACAGUCGCUCAGCUGAUCCUCAAGGAUCUAUUGUCUUUCAACACACAAAGCCUUUGAGCGGACCAGAGCGUCGCCCUAGUUGGAAUCUAGACUACCAGCACAAUAUCUAUGAAGGUAAAAAUGGCCAAAUAAGCGCUGCAGGUGGUGCGCUAAAGCUUCCCGGAAGAGAUGUUCAACCUCACGUUGGUAUCCAAGGAUCAUGGAGAUUCCGUCGUUCCCCAGAACCUCAAGGAUCUAUUGUCUUUCAACACACAAAGCCUUUGAGCGGACCAGAGCGUCGCCCUAGUUGGAAUCUAGACUACCAGCACAAUAUCUAUGAAGGUAAAAAUGGCCAAAUAAGCGCUGCAGGUGGUGCGCUAAAGCUUCCCGGAAGAGAUGUUCAACCUCACGUUGGUAUCCAAGGAUCAUGGAGAUUCCGUCGUUCCCCAGAACCUCAAGGAUCUAUUGUCUUUCAACACACAAAGCCUUUGAGCGGACCAGAGCGUCGCCCUAGUUGGAAUUUAGACUACCAGCAUAACAUCUAUGAAGGUAAAAAUGGCCAAAUAAGCGCUGCAGGUGGUGCGCUAAAGCUUCCCGGAAGAGACGUUCAACCUCACGUUGGUAUCCAAGGAUCAUGGAGAUUCCGUCGUUCCCCAGAACCUCAAGGAUCUGUUGUCUUUCAACACACAAAGCCUUUGAGCGGACCGGAACGUCGUCCAAGUUGGAAUUUAGACUACCAGCAUAACAUCUAUGAAGGUAAAAAUGGCCAAAUAAGCGCUGCAGGUGGUGCGCUAAAGCUUCCCGGAAGAGACGUUCAACCUCACGUUGGCAUCCAAGGAACCUGGAGAUUCCGUCGUUCCCCAGAACCUCAAGGAUCUAUUGUCUUUCAACACACAAAACCUUUGAGUGGACCAGAGCGCCGUCCUAGUUGGAAUUUAGACUACCAGCACAAUAUCUAUGAAGGAAAAAAUGGCCAAAUUAGUGCUGGAGGAGGUGCACUAAAGCUUCCCGGAAAGGAUAUUCAACCUCACGUUGGUAUCCAAGGAACAUGGCGGUUCUAAGUAUAAUGACACACGGUUACUUGCCUAAAUAUAUCACAGUCAUAAUAUCACACGAUCAAACAUCACAUGCCAAAUUAUCAUACAAUAAAUUAUCAUACGUCUAAUUAUUACCUUAGCAUAGAUAUUUUAUUGUUCAACAUAAAUCUGUGUAUCGAAGAUUGAUACGUGCACGAUUUUGUGAAAUUCGGACGCAUAAAAAUUCUGGUCGAUGAUAAUAAGACGUAAGAUAUUUUCUUAAGCGAUCUUUUGGCAUUGAGAUAGUCCGUGCAUGUGUUAGUGUGGCUGUGAUAUCCAGUCCUCAUUCUUGAAAUACUCAUUAACCAGUAUUUUUUAGUAUCUUUGUUUAAAAGCUCGAAUUCAAGCGCAUGAAAAUCCAAAACUUGCGAUUGAUUUUCAUUACAUUUUCAAUAAGAAUGAAUCAGAGAUUUCUUUUUCAUGAGGGUGAUUUAGAACUUUUAAACAGGGAUUUCAUCAAGUUCUCAUGAAUAAUGUAUUAUAAACUGUAAAUUAUUCACCGAAUGUUUACGAUUUGCCUGAA